AUGGCCACCUUCCACUACUUCCUGCUGCUACUCCUCAUCAGCAGUGUCGCUGUAAACCACACCCAAGCUCAGCUCACCACAAACUUCUACGCCAGCUCCUGCCCCAACGCACUCUCCACAAUACGAACCUCCAUAAGGACGGGCAUCGCCAGGGAGAGAAGAAUGGCGGCCUCCCUCCUCCGUCUCCACUUCCACGACUGCUUCGUCCAGGGCUGCGACGCCUCCAUACUCCUCGACCAAUCCCCAACCAUCACCACCGAGAAAACCGCCCCACCAAACGACAAGUCCGCCAGGGGCUACCAACUCAUCGACGCCGCCAAAGCCCAACUCGAGAGAAUCUGCCCCGGCGUCGUUUCGUGCGCGGACGUUCUCGCGGUCGCGGCGAAAGAAGCCUCCGCCUACGUGGGAGGCCCCGCGUGGGACGUGAAGCUCGGGAGGAGAGACUCCACCGCGGCAUUCCCUGACGUGGCGCUGACCGACCUCCCGUUCUUCAAGGCCGAUCUCCAGACUCUGAUCGAUAACUUCGGGGCGAAAGGGCUGAGCCCGAGAGACAUGGUGGCUCUCUCCGGGGCCCAUACUCUGGGCCAGGCCCAAUGCUUCACUUUUAGAGACAGGAUCUAUAGCAACGGCACGGAGGAUAUCGACGCUGGAUUCGCUAGCACACGGAGGCGCCGAUGCCCGGCGGUCGGAGGGGACGAUGCGCUGGCGCCGUUGGAUUUGGUGACGCCGAAUUCGUUUGAUAAUAAUUACUUCAGGGAUCUUGUGCAGAGGAAAGGGCUCCUUGUGUCUGACCAGGUUCUGUACAGCGGUGGCUCCACCAAUAGCAUUGUGGAGGAGUAUAGUCGGAGUCCUUCGAGGUUUAGUGCGGAUUUCGCCGCCGCCAUGGUCAGGAUGGGUGAUAUUCAGCCGCUCAUGGGUUCUGCUGGCCAGAUCAGGAGGAUUUGUGGCGCCGUCAACUAA